AAUUUGUAUAAAAAGGUCCGUUGGAACAGCAAAGUAGCAGAAAAGUUUCAGUCCAUCAAAGCAACUUUUGCAAUUGCUCCAGUUCCUAAGAUCUCAAACCGCAAUGAAAGCUUACCUUAUCUUAGCAGUAGUAUUCACAGUAGCUCAGGCUACAACUUUGACGAAUAUACCAGUCAGAAAUUACAGACAAAGCCAAUUUCAGCCUGGUCAGCUAGGUUAUUCUGGUCCUCGCGUAGCUAUCGCUGGUCCUCGUGAUGUUACUGAGAGCAUUCACCAAGAAUCAGGCAAUCUGUAUGCUGGACAGAGAGACGGACGAUUCUUGACCAGAGACAGUACUGAAGGUAACUACGGAGAAAUUCAGUAUUCCAUCCGUCCCGAACAAAGAGACUUCAGAGGCCAAUUCCCCAACCAAUACCAGCAACAACAAGGCAUCAGACGAUUCCAAGACAGCAGUGCCUAUUACGGUUCUCCCCGUAAUCCACAAAUUUCCUACAGCGCUCCCCUGGCUAACACAAGGAGUUACAACCCUAGGCUGGAUGCCACCGGAAAUCCCCAGAAUGAAUACAGAUUUUAUUAG